GCUACUCAUGAAUUCCAUUACAUUAUACAUAUAUAAAGGAUCUGUUUCAUAUUUGUAUUGUCAUUUGGUCGCGUCCAAUCAUACAAUCACAAUAAGAUGAAACUGUUAAUCCUAUGCUGUUUGGUGGCUACAGCCUUCGCCGCGCCCGCCGCUCCAAGCUUCAACCCCGCCGACGCGCAAGUCGUGCGAUAUGACAGUGAAGUGAACCCUGAUGGCUUUAGAUACGCAGUAGAGCAAACCGACGGCUCUAGGAGUGAGGCCCAAGGCUCGCUCGUCAAAGUCGGCGAAGACGUGGCCUUGGCCAUCAAGGGAGUGUUCUCAUUCAUCAUAGACGGCGUCACCUACACUGUCAACUACACUGCCGACGAGAACGGAUACCAGCCCACCAUUGAACAGGGCCCUGGUGGCGCCGUUCCCCCGGGUGUCGUUGCUUCCCUGCUUGGUUAAAAACAACUGAAUUUCGUGAACCAUUUGACCGAUUCUAAUCUUAGGCAGUUCUGCUUUGUAAGCACGUUCGAUAUCACUUUUUGCACCUACUAACUUGUCAGAAUAUCACAGGUGAAAAGUGAUAUAAAGGCUAGCAUGCAUAGUAAUAAUCUGGUAACCUAAAAAAGCAAUGACGUUUUACAAUACAUAGGUACACACACACUUAAACAAGGAAUAGAAUCACACAUGGAACCCAUUCAGUUUUGUACAUUUGUCUUGAUUAGGUAAUAGGUAUUGUGGUCUUGCUUUAAAAAUGGAUUUAUGUUUUAGAAAUAAUGCAAUAAAAUAUUGUUAUUGUUUUAA